CUUGGCCAUCGGAGGGUCUGUAGUGGGCUGGCCGGUUGUGGCCAAGGCGCAGUCGUUGGUGCUGCCCCCUACCUGGUAGGAUCUCGGCUUUGACUCCCCUCCCCUGCCUUGGCGCAUGCAUCGGAAACGAGAACGGCACGGGGAGCCGCCCAGCGCUGUAGGAUGACUCCGGUGCUCUGCUUUUGUGUGUGAUGUCGAUGAAUGUCGGAGUCGGGUAUAACGGGAGACCCUGCAAGUUUCGCGGGAGGGGGAAAUUACAGUAAAACGACACGAGGGCGACUGGGAACGCCAGCACCGCAAGACAGAGCAGGCAUCAGUUCAGCCUAGAAUGUCACAGCUUCAGAUCCUUCCACAAGACAACAAAGAUAUGGAUGGUUUCUGAAGUUCUGGAAGCAAGGGAGCUCUUUUGUAUCCUGGCAGAGUGUCAGCUACUUAACCUUAAGGAGGAAACCUACACUGAAGUUCUCCAUAUUCCAGGCUUCUGACACUUGAAAGAAAUCACUGGUCAAUAAUGUGAAGAAGAAAACCCAAAACUUUUCUGGAGAAGAAGGGCUCAUACUUGUGGACUAUUUGUUUUUAAAAUUAUUUCUUUGUAAGCCAGGCUUUGUCAAGCACCACCAAAAGAUGCCUGCCAAGACACCCAUCUACUUGAAAGCUGGCAACAAUAAGAAAGGGAAAAAAAUCAAGUUGAGGGAUAUUUUGUCUCCUGACAUGAUCAGUCCACCUCUUGGUGAUUUUCGCCACACGAUUCACAUUGGGAAGGAAGGACAACAUGAUGUUUUUGGCGACAUCUCAUUUCUGCAAGGAAAUUAUGAGCUCUUGCCUGGGAACGAGGGAGAAACAACAAGCAGUCGAUGUGGAGGGCACAGUGAGUUCCUGAGGGCAAACAGCACCUCUGACUCUGUGUUUACCGAAACUCCUUCCCCAGUGCUCAAAAAUGCCAUAUCACUUCCUGCCAUUGGUGGUUCUCAAGCCCUCAUGCUGCCCUUGUUGUCACCGGUGACAUUUUAUUCAAAGCAGGACUCUUUGGGGCCAUUAAGGAAUCCCAGGCAUAGUUGUGAGCCUGUGAUGGAAGAAAAGUUGCAGGAGAAGAACAAACAGUUGGAGAAUGGGAAAAUAUACAAAGAUGACAUCACAUGGCAGAGGAAUGUCCAGACAUCACAUUAUGCUAACGGAAGAGACAGUCAUUCAUCUAGCCUUUCAGAACAAUACACUGAAUGGCAAACAGAGGACUUAUUUGACAACGGCCAUCUUUCAUCUGGCUUAGCCAAGACUCAAGUUAAAUCCGAAGAAUCCCUCUCAGAUCUUGCUGAGCCUCUCCUCUCUCUGCAGCUUGACCUUGGACCCUCACUUUUAGAAGAAGUGCUUCACGUAAUGGACAAAAACAAAUCAUAGAACAUAUUGUGCUUUUCACCUCACAUAAACACAACUAAAAUAUAAGGGCACCAUCCAGCAAAAGCUAAGCACUUGAAACUGUAGUCCUCCUAUGCAAACUCCCUUGGAGACGAGCCUCUUGAACUCAGUGGGAAUUACUUCUGAGCAAACACAUAUAGCAUUGGGCUUUGUGUCUGUUGAUUUCAGUGGGAGACUCAGAUUUCACCCAUUAAAAACUAAUUGAAGUUCAAAAUGCUUAACUUUGACUCAGUUGUACCUUCUGUCUAUACAAAAUCAAUUCUCUUUGCAGUUGACGAGUUUUCUAGAACAAAAUGACUUUAAAAUAUUUUUGUACAAAAUGUCCAUGAUUUUUUUAACAUGGCAAAUGUCUUGCAUCAAGAGGACAUGUUUUAACAAUACAGUUUUCUUCCAAAUGUGAAAUGUUAUCUCAGAACUCAGACUUCUUGUCAACAUAAUAAUUGGGCGAACUCUAAGUUAAUGCAGUGCAUUUUCAGGAUCUCCUUACUCCAGGAUCCUGUGUGGGCUCAGCAAAAGAUUUAUGAAGUGAAGGUUAAAUGUUAAUUAGUUCAGCAUUACUUAAUAUGUAAUUCCUCUUCUUCGCAGAAUUAUAGUGUUUUUUUAAAAUUAGCAAUGUUUUUCAUUCUUGCUGCACGGUUAUCCCUCAGUAUUAAUGCAUAGAUUUCUGCUCAAAUGGGAAUGGCUUUUUUUCUGUUCAACUGUUAUGGAAGUAUAUGUAGCCAAUAGAAUGGUGCCACUGAAGUUACUUGAGCCUCCAGUUCUGACCCAAAAUGUAUUCACUCCAGCCCCACUCCCAGAUUAAAAAGAUGAAGUGGCAAAUUGCAGUUGCGAUUAAAUUAUUUUAGGAGCUGAAAUCUAUUUUUUUAUGCACAUUAGACUUUUUAUGGUACUUCUACAUACACACAGGAUUGCACCAGAAAGCUGUUGCUUGGCAUUUUCUAGGAAAACAUUUGUAUAAAUUGUAUAUUUGUGCCUAUUGUAUAUUGUGCGAGCAGCAGUGGUGUAGUGGUUAAGAGCAGGUGCAUUCUAGUCUGGAGGAACCGGGUUUGAUUCCCCGCUCUGCCGCCUGAGCAGUGGAGGCUUAUCUGGGGAAUUCAGAUUAGCCUGUGCACUCCC